GGUCACAGCCUCCUGGACUGUCACCAAGGCACCACCCUCAAUAACUGUCACAGCUCUCAUAAAGCUCAGUCCAGGCAAGAUCUCUCCUAUUACAGCACUGGCAUAGGGAUCAUGGUGAAAAUAACCCUUCUCGGGGUGAUCCUGGGAUUUCUGGGGGAACGUCAAUACCAGUUCAGUCAAAGAUCUGGCUUCCUCAAGGAGGUAGAACCUGUUGAUCUUCCCAACUGUCAGCUUGUAAAAGGAAUUGAGUAUGGCUCAGAAGAUAUUCAUCUUCUUCCUAAUGGACUGGCAUUCAUCAGCUCUGGCCUGAAAUACCCUAAUGUAAAGAGUUUUGCACCAGACAGACCCGGAGAAAUAUUGUUGGUAGAUAUGAAUGAUGACGUCCUUCACCCUGAACCACUACAGCUCAGUGAAGGUGUUGAUGCAUCUUCAUUUAAUCCUCAUGGGCUCAGUGUGUACAUUGAUGAGACAGACGGCACGGUCUACCUUUUUGUCGUGAAUCACCCUGACCACAAAAGCUUUAUUGAAAUAUUUAAAUUUGAUGAGAAGAAGAAAUCUCUCCUACACCUGAAGACCAUUAAACAUCCAUUAUUGCACAGUGUGAAUGAAAUUGUUGCUGUUGGACCGGAGAGCUUUUACGCCACUAAUGAUCAUUAUUCUAAGAGUGCGCAUAUGAAAUUUCUAGAGGGCUUCCUUGGAUUAAAGUUGACAAAUGUGGUCUAUUACAGUCCCGGGGAUGUCCGAGAAGUGGCAUCGGGACUUUACAGUGCCAAUGGAAUCGCCAUAUCAAAUGACAAAAAGUUUAUCUAUGCUGUUGACCUCACUGGUCACACAGUCAAUGUCUAUGAGAAACAUGCAGACUGGUCCCUAACUUUGGUAAAGGCAGUUGACGUAGAUACUUCCGCGGAUAACCUUUUUGUGGAUCCAGUUACAGGGGAUAUCUGGACAGGAGCACAUCCAAAUUUAUAUAAAAUAUUUGAUUACAAGGAUGAAGAUCCCCCUGGUUCAGAGGUGAUCCGUAUACAGAACAUUCACUCAGAUCACCCGAUAGUGACGCGGGUUUACGUCAAUAACGGCUCAGUGAUUCAGGGGUCAUCCGUAGCCGUAGUGUACAAGAAGAAGCUGAUUAUAGGAACCGUAUUCCACAAAGCUCUGUACUGUCAGCUGGAUUAAAUGGACCACCAGGAACUGGAAAAACUAUGCGACAAGACAUUUUUAAAAAU